CUGCGCCUUUGCUCCACAGAGCGCGGAGUUUCCAGAACCUGCAAUAGCAGGAUGCCAGAAUCCGACUUCAGUGGCUCAAGUGUUCAGAUCAGCGCAACACGGCCAGGCCCCACUGUAAGAAGCAGGGUGCUGAAAGGCCGGGCGGGAAAACCCUCCCUCUGCGGUAGAUCAGAGCUGUUUAUACGUGUAAAUGUUGGGGGCAGGGACCGGGGGGCGCGCGGGGGCGCAGCUUCGCGAAGAUUAAACCAAACGCCUGAGUGCAGUAGCCUGGGUGCCUGUGUGCGCGCGCACGCCGGGAGGGGUCCCGGCCAAUCGGGGCGGGGGCUCGUUCCUUCCCUGUUCGGAGAAGCGAACCCCCUCACUACGGACCGAGCCGCGAGCUCAGCUGACCGCCCCGGCGACUCCUGGACUCCCACAGGUGAGGGCAGGGUGGUGGAUCGGGCGCCGGGAGGGCGGGGCUCCCCAGUGCCCACAGACGCCCGGUCCCCACAGACUUUGUAGAUGUGUGAGUCCCAGAAGUCCUCCGGGAGGAAAUGGACAACGCCGCCCUUCGACCCCCGUUUCCCUAACCAGAAUCAGACCCGCAACUGCUACCAGAACUUUCUGGACUACUAUCGGUGCCUGAAGGCCAUGGAUCGGCGUGGCAAGAGCCCUGAGCCCUGCCUGUAUUACCAACAUGUGUUCCGCUCGUUGUGCCCCAAGAGCUGGGUGCAACGCUGGACCGAGCAGAUUCAGGACGGGACCUUCGCUGGCAAAAUCUGAGGCAGCACGCGUGGUCCUUUGAGGGUUCAGCCCGGAUGCCAUCUUUCACGCUGCCCGGAUACUUACCCUAGUCCUUAAGCUGCAAAUACAACUU